AUGGCCUCUGCCCGUGCUACGUUCGUUGAGCUGCAGCAGUUGUACAAUUUCGACGAGAAGAUUGUCGACAAGAUAGUCGCCUCAGGGGUGACGUCACUGAGUGAGUUUCGUUUCUUUUGCAAAGACGAAGAGGAUGUAGUCACUACCUUCAUCACGCCCUUGGGGCUCGAGAAUGAACGCCUGGAGGGCGCUCGCCUCAAAAGGGCAUGGGCCGCAGUAGUGACUGCAGAGAAGGCUCGGGAGGCCAGCCAAGUGGAGGGAAUCCCGCUGGAGGAGGAUGAAUGCCUCCCAGCAACCACUUUGGCAACUAUGAAGGAAUCUUUUUGGAAGCGGUAUCACUGGAUGCCUCCUCCCGAGCAACAGCCCAGUGACAAGUUGCUCUCCAAAGUCAAAAGGUCGCUUGAAAAGAAGAACAUUGAAGUGUUGAACAUGUUCCAGGUGAAGUCCUUAGUCAACCAGCGGCAGGGCACCACCAAGCGUCGCAAAGUCGCCCCCAAAAUCUGGGUCGGCGAGGAUCCCGAAGAUGACGAAGUCGCGGUUGAAGAUGUUUGGGCCUACUUGGACAACAUGUUCAUCUACAUGGUCGCGCUCGCGAUGGCAGGGGUGACAGCAAUUCAGCCGGCGCCAACAGCAGCAGAAGGUCCUUCCACCAACUCCUGUGACUAUGUGGAGUUCCCUUUGGAUUUGGCAUGGAAAUACCAUUUCCGGGCCGUGCAGACCGUGAAGAAGAUCCCUGAGAGGGCGCGUUUGCCCCACGUUUCAUCCCUGGACUUGCAGGAGCGAGCGUUGUGGUGCCAGAAGUACGCCACAGGGACAGAGAAGCUGGGAGCUAUCGUCCUGCAGAUUUACACUGAGAGAGAUGUGCAUUGGGCAGCUGCUACCCUCUUGCCUUCUCAAUCUGGAAGACUUUCCAUGGCUCCGCCUGAGCCAGCGGUGGCCCCGAGAGCUCCUACAGCGGCCGUCUCUGCGCCGUCGGGCAACAAGUUGGCAGCCACCUUUCGAGAUGGAACUCCGCUAUGUGAAGCAUGGAACCAAGGACGCUGCCCCCACCAGAAGGCCAGGAAUUGCGCGAAUGGUGAACAUCGUUGCUCGCAUCGCCUGAAGAGCGGCCGCGCUCUGGAUGAAUUCCAGUUGCAUGUCCGCUCCUUGAUGGAGCAGUGGUCAGAACAGUGUACCACGGAUGACAACGGGCCUGAAUUGCCUGUCUUUUUAGAUAUGCUUAGUGGGCCGAAGUUCCCACUGGCUAAGGCAUUUGAAUGGGCUGGUUGGAAAGUGGUGCAACCGCUAGAUAUCCUGAUCGAUCCUGAAUUUGAUCUCACCAGCAGCACCGUGCAGAAAGCCGUUGCCAAGAUUUUGCCACAAUGCCAUGCAGUCAGUGCCGCCAUGGACUGCAGCACUAAGAGUCGCAUCCGUGAAAUUGCCCUGCCAGGAUCAGCCGGGCCACGGCCACUGCGUUCCCAGAAGUUUCCGAGAGGACUGCCGCACCUGAAAGGUUUGACCCCACCAGCAGUUUUGGGUCUCCCCAAGAGAGUGCAUGCUUUGGAUGUCAUGGAAUCAGGGCAACUUCCUCAAGAUGUGGUGUAUGCAGGCCAUGGACAUUUUUCACACAGGCUUAGCCCUACCAAAUGGGAGAGCCCUUUUGUUGAAGGCAGAGAUGGAAGCGCCGCUCAAGUUCUUAUGAAGUUUAUUGCUCAUUGGAACGAAUUCCAAUUGGAGCAGUUUCUUCCUGGGCUCACAGGGUGCAGGAUCGCAUGUGACUGCCUCAGUAACGAGACCUGCCAUGUUGACGUGAUCAUUGCCAAGUGGUUGGAGGCAAAUAGCAGGGGACAGCCCCAGCGAUUGGGUCACAGGUCAGUGCAGCUGACCAGUGGACGGGUCUGGAUAGCAGCAGUUAGAGUAGUCCAUGCUGUGCCGCAGAUGUUUUCACAAGCUGCUGCAAUGGCAGCCAUUCGAGGGCAAUUCCCAAUGUUAUCAUUUCAGGAUGUUAAGUGGCCUCUGCUGGAAGACAUCAUUAAUUCAGCGCCUUUCCAGAGUUUUCGAAUGUGGUUGUCAGAGAAUGGACAAGUGGCUGAUGGGCCCAUAGGAUCCAGUAUGCUCAACCGUACUGGGACAGUUGUUUUUCGUGCCGGCAUGGCAGAGCAAGCAGGUGCUGGUGCUCGCAAAACAGCCGCCCCCCCUGUAGUGCCGUUCAACUUAGCCCCAGAUGAGCAUUUCGCUGCAUCGCUAAGGGUCCAAGCCGACGGAGGACCGCUCGAUUUCCCAGCGCCAGUGGACUUGGACAUCGCCUUUGCUGCACAAGGCAUGGUGCAGGAGUUCAGCAGCUUGACAGCUGCCAGGCAGUUUGCUGUCGAACAGCUCCGGGCCCUCAGUUAUAGGUUGCAAGAAAUUUCCGAGUACAUCCGUAGCAUGCAAGUGCCAGUGUUGCGAGACGUGAAUCCUAGCGUUCAUUUCAGCCUUGUAGCCUUGCUUAUUGCUAUAAUCCAUUGGCCUGAUACUGGGUUUUGCCAAGCUCUUUUCAAUGGCUUCCCAGCCGUCGGGUUUUGUCCGCCUUGUGGUAUCUGGGACACCCAACCUGCUCAAUUUGUUUCCUUGGAGGAUGCACUUGCAGGAGGACCGCGGGACGCCCAGGAUUUGCUGAAGCAAUUGCGGGUCUCCGAGCUGGAGACAAUUGAAGAAGCAGGGGAAAGUAAUCUGCUAGAUGAUGUCGUUACAUGUGGCGAAGAUUUGCCGGACGCCUACAGGUUGAUGGCCAGUUUCUACUACGACGACUGUACCCUCCAAGAUUGGAAUAGUCAUGCAGCCGCAGCCCAGCAGUGCAUGUGCACAGCUAUGGAACUGCUAGGAGAAGAUUCUGGACAUCAUAGCUACCGCGCGGAGAGACGGGACAUUUCGUGCUGGCACUUCAGCGAAACUGUACGGAUGUGCGGGGGAUUGGACGGCUACAGAGAUUCUGGAGCAAGUGAGAUCCAGAUGCCUGGUCCACAUUGGGCAGUGACCUACCGUUACGUGCGCAAGGCCUUAAAACCGGACGGUGGUGACGUGGGGUGGCUGGCUGUGACGAAGGGAAGUGAUGGCGGGAAGUGGCGACGAUGGGAAGUGGUGAGGAAGGGAAGUGGUGAGGUGAUUGCCAUUGCGCAGAGAGAGAAAGAGGAAGAAGGAGAUCUGCCAUGUGAUAUCCCCGUUGUUUUGCGGAAAGCACCCACGGCCAUUGCCAAACUGCUACGCACUCGUGGCAUGUUUCCUCUGGCCUGCGAUGCGUUGCAGCGCUUGCAUUUGGCUUGCCACGGCCGGGAGGGAUCUAUUUUGGCCGUGACCGCCGACCUCCACCGCUGUGGAAGUGCGAAAUCUACCAAAGCCGGUGGUCAUAGCUGUGGUGGUCGAGUGGAUUGGCUGGUGACUAAAGAGGGGCUUACAGAAGAUGAAGCAGGUUUCCAAGUCGCUAAGGAAUAUCCUGUGGAAUGCUGGCGCUGUGGCUUUCAGACCUCUCAGUGCCGUCUGCCGCACGCUGCAAAGUCCAACCUGGAACUGCAGCGGCUGCAGAUGAUGAACUGUGGGAAGGUGCAGAAAGCAUCAGUCCAGUUUAAGGAGGUUUUGGAAGGCGACCCCGAGGCUUCGGAGGAGCAGGUGGCGAUUUGGCGACGGAAACGCUCCAAAGCAGGCGAAUUAUGCCGCCAGAGUUCCGUGCUCUUGGACCGGGAGCAGUACCAAAGCGCAGCCAUUGUUGCCAUGUACGCCUGGAGCCAGGUCAUCAUGGAUGGCACCCAAUGCUGCAGCUUAUUGCGACCUCCCUACUGUUUGCAGUCAACAUGGUCCUGGGCCACCCUGGCUGUGGCCAUCCUCUUGGGAGGCUCCUUCCUGGCGUUGCUGGGCUCGGUGAUCGCCACCCUGACGGUACGCAAAGUCGCCCGCGACAGCGCGGGGCAAAUGCCCAGCCCGCUGCCAGAGACACCGCAGGAGCUCCGUUGGCCGCAGACCGAAGAGAUGUACCAGGAGCUCUUCCGCAUGUGGAUGAAGGACCACUCCCUCCGUGGCCUCUAUGGCGCUUCGCACUUCGCCGAGAGCAGCGCCUCGCUCUUCGCGCAGCUCUACCGACGCUUUGACUUUCAGGCGGACAACGUGAGGAAUCAGUUCGAUCACCUGCUGUCACUCUGGCGUUCGCACUGCGCCACCUUAGCGGAUUUGGAUUUGGAGGUAGAUGAUGAGGAGGACUUAGAUGAUGCCGUGGUGAAUGAGAAGACGCUCCUUCAUGAAGCCUUGAAUGCUGUGCAUGCGGAACUCUUGGAGUCUUUUCGCAGAUGGCGCUACAACUUGUCUGAGGAGUUGCAGGAGCCCUUGAGCCGCACCACGGCGGCCGUGUUGGGCGUCCCUAACCGCGUCUUCCCGGUGCCCAACGGCGACUGGUUGGACGCUGAGACGCUUGGGGGCCGGAAGCUGGCCGCCAGCCUGGCGAGCAAACACCUGGCGGAGGUGGCCACUUACUUGCUGGUGUGGGGCGAAGCUGGCAAUCUGCGCUUCAUGCCUGAAGCCGUCUACUUUCUCACGGAGCUGACCCUGGGAGCAGAAGGAGAGCCGUACCAACAACAGCAGGUUCGGCCGAGCAGUGGCCUUUUCCUGUCGCGAAUGAUUCGUCCAAGUUACAACUGCAUCUUUGACGAGUGGUACCAGGGUCUGGAGUUCAAGACCAUCAGCAUGGAGGAUCGCGCCAACGGCGUGUUGCCCGACGUGCGGGAGAAGUUACCCACCUUCCAUCGGGGCUUUGAGGCGUUCUUGCCGCCUGACGUGUGCAACUAUGAUGAUUGGAACGAGUUCUUCGCGGACCCAAAGCGAUUGCGCCAAGGCAUGCAACGACUCUUUGAGGCGGAACACGGCAAGCGCUUUGCUUUGUUCCAGGAGUUGAACCUGCAGAAGAUUCUGAGUAGUCAGAAGACCAAAUCGCAUCGCGAGGUGCAUUCCUUCUGGGGCGUUUUCGCAACAACCCACAGGAUUUGGCUGCUGCACUCCUUACUCUUCUUCGCCGCGCUCUGCGUGGUGGCAGGGGAACCCGAGGACGAUUCCGAAGAGACCUUGGCCGGACACGGUCCGGCGGUCCGCUUCAGUACCCUGGGCCUGCUGGCGCCGGUGCAUGCGCUGCUGCUGACGUUGGCGCGGGUGUACACGUGCGGCCCAGCCAUCUCCAAAGUGGGCCUAGGCUGCGUUUGUGCCAACCUCGGCCGAAGCUUGCUGUGGACUGCUCCCAUUGUGAGCUAUGUCUUGAUGCGCAUCUCGCACAAGGUUUUUCCAGAGACGCCCGGCAUCUUGCGAUAUCUUUUGAUUGUGCAUUGCGUGGUCAGCGUGUUGUCCCUGAGCUCUCUCCUUUUCUUUGCGGAUCGACGUAGCGAUGUGGCCUACAAGGACCAAAAGCCUCGUAGCCCCAUCCACCUGUGGCUGCUCAGGUAUUUCUUUUGGUUCGUCGUUUUGAGCGCCAAAUUUUUGAUCGCAGUGGUGCUCUUCGCCGCGGUGUUUGAUCUGAUCUUGGACUUGCAGCUGGAACCCCUGGGGAGAGCCACUUCACAAGACGUCGAGAUCGCGUGGUACAGCACCGUGUGGUCACGAGACCUCUUGAUUUGGACAUGGCUGUGGUUUUCCAGCCUUUUUAUCUUUUGUGCCGACACGCAGCUCUGGUUCACCGUGGGCUGCAGCAUCUUGGGUGUGGCUACAACUCUGGUGCAGCGUCGCUGCCAAGUCUUUCACUUCGCUCUGUCGGAUGCGGUGCAUCAACUGCCCGAGCGCUUCACCAAAAGCGUGUUGAGAUAUUCGCCGGAGGCCAAGCGGUCCUUUGCAAAGACGUGGAACUUGGUCAUUCAGCAUAUGACAAAGGAGCAGAAGAUCAACGUACGUGACUCGGGGGAGCUUUCCUAUGAUUACCUCUUUUCGGAGGAGCCCGAGCCGCCGGUUCUCUUCAACAAGGAGAACUGCUUAGAACGAGCAAGCAAGCAUUACUGCAACAUGUCGGACACCAGAGAGUGGCCGGCCAACAAGGAGCUGCAGUGGCGCUUCCUGGCUCUCUCGCGAGGGCUGGGUUUGCCCAUGCCGCGGCCCUAUCGGCCGCCCUAUCUGCCGGGCCUCACCGCUCUGAUCCCCCAUUUCGAGGAACCCAUCCUGCUUCAGCCGGAGGAUUUGUACAGCGAGGAGUCGGGGGAGUCCAGAGACUUGGGACACCUCAUGGAUUAUCUCCGCAUCAAAUACAUGGACGAAUUCAAGAACUUAGCGCAGAACUGGUCCGUGCCCGGCGGCAUUCGCAACUGGUCCCGCUACAACCCGCAGCAGUGGAAGGAGACCUGCAUUUGGGCGUCCAUGCGAUUGCAGACCCUGUGGCGUACCGUGGCCGGAAUCUGCAAAUACCACGAUGCAUUGGUACUUCAUCAUGAACUUCAAGGGACGAACUCCAGUGGAUUGCUGUGGAAUCGAGAAGACACCAGUGAUGUGUUUCGAUGUCUUGUUUCCAUGCAAUUGUAUUCAUUCUCCACAUCUGUGCAGCGAAAACAGGUGAAUGAGAUGCUGGAGCGUUUCCCGUUGAACCUGAAAGUGGCCUACAUCGACCACGGCGGCCUGGGCGAGCGGCGCGGCCCUGCGGGCCCUGGGCGGCCGGAUGCCAAGAACUCGGACUCGGCGUUCCGGCUGCCGUUGUACCGAAUUGAACUCCCCGGCUAUCCAAUCUUGAGUGAUGGCAAGGCAGACAAUCAGAAUCACGCUUUGCCCUUCUCCCGCGGGACCGUCACGCAAUGUGUGGAUGCAAAUCAAGGCGCCUACUUCGAACAGAUGUUGCUGUUGCCCUCAGCCCUGGGCGAGUUCCGCUGGAACGCCAAGCAGAGCGACCUGGGCUCCGUGGGCGACUUCGCGGCGGGCUCCGAGAUGGCCUUCUGCACCUUGCUGCAGCGGAGCUAUGCGGUGCUGGGCGCCCGGAUGCAUUACGGACAUCCGGAUCUCAUGAACAAACAGUACAUGAUGCAGCAGGGUGGAAUCUCUAAGGGCACGCGGACGUUGAACCUCAGCGAAGACAUCUUCGCUGGUUUGGACUUUCGUUUGCGCGCAGAUGGCAGGCACAUCUGCCACAAGGAGUACUUCCACCUCUCCAAAGGAAGGGACUUGGGGUUCAACUCCGCCCUGAAGUUCUUCUCCAAGUUGAGCAGCGGCAGCGGUGAACAGCUCUUGACACGUCAGAUGUGUCGCCUCGGGCAGCUGCUGCCGCUGCCGGAGGUCCUCACCCUGUACUACGCGCAUGCGGGCUACUACAUGACCCAAUUCCUCCUGUCGUGGGUCAUGCCAACAGUGCUCUUCACCUGGUCCCUGGUCUUGGCCACGGACUGCGACGGCCGCUUCGGGGCCUUCGAGGGCUGCGCCAAGCAUCCAGCGCCAGAGCUCAUGGGGAGGAUGCUGGCCAGCAUCUACACCUACGCCCUACUGAUCCUGGUCCUGCUGGCGACGGCCCUGCCGCUCUUUACCGAAGAAUGGCUUGAGAGGAGUUUGAAGAUUGCGGUGAAACGGCUCCUGAAACAGGUCUUCACCUUAUCUUUCCUCAUGUUUGUUUUCCAGGCAAAGAUUAUUGGUUUCUACGUGGUCAAUGAACUGCGAUAUGGUGGUGCCAAGUACAUCAGCACGGGGCGCAGCCUCCCAACGGAGCGGCGCCACUUCAUCCGCCAAAGCGGCACCAAUCAGUUUGAAGGCCUCUAUUUAGACUACGCCGUCCAAGCGUUCUAUGAUGGCCUCACCCUAUUGAUCUCUGCCAUUAUGGUGGCCGAAUUGGGCGGCAUGGACAGUAGCAACGUCUACCGACAUGGAUUAUCCGCCCUGUGGGCAUGCAUUGGGAUGACGAUUGUCUCUUGGCUGUAUGCCCCGUUCAUCUUCAACCCACAUCAGUUUGCAAGAAAACACAUCUUAGAAGACAGGCGUGUCCUGUGCCGUUUCUUUUGGAAGAAUUGGGGUGCCGGAUGGCUCCGGUGGUAUGAGGAGUUUCAGCUAAAGCCCCGGACUGGUCUAAGUAUUUCCAUGUUGGACCUGAACUUUUUGGUGGUUUUCCUUGGCGUCUCCGUGUGGUUCGCAGUGGUCAAUCACAAGGUCAGCAUGAUGCAAGUGAUUUUCUCCUCGCAGGUCUACAUCAAAGAGGUGGCCGCCUGGACCUUGCUGCCUCCGGUCUUCUCCUCGUGGCUGCUUUGUCUCCUGGUCUCCGCCAGCACGGCCGCCGUGAGGUCCAUGAGGAGAACAUGUUGCAAGGUGAGAGAUGAAAGCACAUGGGAUUUGCUGCGGAAACUGGUGCCCGUGCUGGCCUUCCUCGUGGUCGCUCUGGAAGUCACCGAAGCCCUGCUGGCGCUUCAGCUGUUGCGUCGCAUGGGGCGCUGGAAGGACUUCAUCGCCGGGCUCAUCCUGAAGUACUUGCUACUGGAAGUCGUGAUUUUUCUGGCAGAAGGUCUCUUGUGUUCACGCUGCACGCGCGGGUCAAGCUGUUGUCGACCGGAACGAGGGCUGCAGGCACUGUACUUUUGGGUGCUGACGAACCGCAUGUUCAGAGAUAUGGUGACCUCCACUCUCAUUCUGACCCCACUGCUGCUGCUGAGCUUCGUGAACUCCGCUCUACGUAGCUGCUGCCGGACAUUCGAUCUGCACGAAUUUCUCAUCUACCGUAGCACGGGGCACCGGGCCCGGCGAAGGGUGCCGGGAAUUUGCGGGGAUACGGAUCGCGAAAGCACCACGACCAUGGAUGAGAGUCGCUUAAGCAGUAGCGAGGAUGCCACCGAUGAGGAAGCGCCCAUGGCCCCGGCCGUGCGCUGA